CAACUCGCGACGCGGAUGGGACGGCGGAGGACCCAGCGAGCAUGCGCGACCAUCCCGAGCAUGCUCAGUAGCGCUUACGGGGCCCCGGACCUUCGGCCCAGAGCUCCGGCCGACGCGGAGGUUUCGGCGGCUUCUGCGGCCGUGACGGGAAGUGAGGUGGUCCGGCUGGGCGACCGCGGCGGCAGAAACAGAGGCGGAAGGGUCGCUGCGGCGACGACGUCGUCGACCCGGGUGACCGAGGGGGCUGAGCGCCGAGGGCACUCGCCCGCUCGGAAGCCGGAUCCCGAGCCGGGCAGGAUGGAUCAUCACCAGCCGGGGACUGGCCGCUACCAGGUGCUUCACAAUGAAGAGGAUAAUUCAGAAUCAUCUGCUGUAGAGCAGCCGUCAACUUCAAACGCAACACCACAAAAUGUGCAGGCUGCUCCCUCAGCAUCUGGACUUGAGACUGACUCUUCUCCUCCACCUUAUAGCAGUAUUACUGUGGAAGUACCUACAACUUCAGAUACAGAAGUUUACAGUGAGUUUUAUCCUGUGCCACCUCCUUACAGUGUUGCUACCUCUCUUCCUACGUAUGAUGAAGCUGAGAAGGCCAAAGCUGCUGCAAUGGCAGCUGCAGCAGCAGAAACAUCUCAAAGAAUUCAAGAGGAAGAGUGUCCAACAAGAGAUGACUUCAGUGAUGCAGACCAGCUCAGAGUGGGUAAUGAUGGGAUUUUCAUGCUGGCGUUUUUCAUGGCAUUUAUUUUCAACUGGCUUGGAUUUUGUUUAUCCUUCUGUAUCACCAAUACCAUAGCUGGAAGGUAUGGUGCCAUCUGUGGAUUUGGCCUUUCAUUGAUCAAAUGGAUCCUUAUUGUCAGGUUUUCUGAUUAUUUUACUGGAUAUUUCAAUGGACAGUAUUGGCUUUGGUGGAUAUUUCUUGUACUUGGCCUGCUUCUUUUCUUCAGAGGAUUUGUUAAUUAUCUAAAAGUCAGAAACAUGUCUGAAAGCAUGGCAGCUGCUCAUAGAACAAGAUAUUUCUUCUUAUUAUAGAGCUUGACCACAGGAUGUAUACGAAGUAACCACCAGCACAGCAUUUGAAAGCUUGAAAACCAAAAUAUGACAAAGCACUUACACAGAGAGAGUGGGCAUUUUGCAUAAAACAGUGUGAAAUUCACAUAGAUAUCUGGUGGAUAAAACAAACAAAAAAACAAGUCUGAUUGAAAAGCAACUUGCCAUGCACUGAUCUUAACAAACUGGAUCAAUGAAUAAAAGUUGUGUGAAGAAAAUAGUAGCUUUGUUACUAUUUUCUUAAUGUGUGCCAGUUUGUAUCAACAACCAAGGCUGCAACUUGAAUAAAUGGGAAUAUAAAGAAAUGAGCAGAGGUUGUCUUACUGGUUAUCCAGUGAGUUUCUGGAGGCUGUGUCUAUAGUAAAGGCAUUUAUUUAUUAUGCAGCUAGUAGAUCUUCACAUGAAGAGACCUCAUAUCUCUACUCGCUAUACUAUUGAUACUUUUAAAGCAAGUACCAUACACUUCAUUGAUUUGAACUUUUAAAGUAGUUGAACCGCAUAAGCAAAAUGUCUACUAAAACACUUAACUUCUGGAUGUAUCUUUAAGUACAAAAUGCUUCAAGUUGCUGUGACUUAAGUGUAAAUAAAUUGUAUGGUUUGUGAUUUGGUUGCUUAUAUUUUAUGCUUAUAUGAGUUUUACAUAAGCUGACAUGAUUUACUUAUUUCUGCUAAAGAGAACAAUGAUUACAAUUGCAUUUCUGGAUUAUAUUUAAAUAUCACUUUAAAUGUUCCACUAAGGUUUCUUCCUCCCCCUAGAAGAUGUCACAUUUUCUCUUUAAGUGGUAAAAUGUCUUUACAAGCAGUGACCUUAAGAGUUUGUCGGUAUUACCUGUAAGAUAAAAGGCAAAGUAAUUUUACUAAUUUAAAUGAUAUUCUGUGAAUAUUCAGUGUGAUUACCUUGUUUGCAUUUUCAAGAGUUUAAACUCUAAUGUAAAUAUUUUCUAGAUGGUUAGAAGCCUAAACUUUAGAAUAUAUUUUGAUAUAUGCUACCUUAUGUCAUUCUUACCAAAAGGAUAUUAUAUACUUGAUGUAAUACUGCUUAUAAGAUCAGUUUUCAUUAUGCUGUCGUUUAGAUAAUUGCAACUUAAUACAUUUUAAGGCUAAUUCUUUUUGU